AUGUCCGGCCUCGACGCCCCCGAAAUCGCCGCGGCCUACGACGCCGUCCGCUCCGACAAGGACGAGACCAACUGGCUGCUCAUCUCGUACGCCAGCGCCGUCGGCAACAAGAUGAGCCUGACCAAGACCGGCAAAGGCGGCCUGUCCGAGCUGGCCUCGGAGCUGGACAUCGCCCAGGUGCAGUACGCCUACGUGCGCGUCGAGUACGCCAACGACGCCGAGAGCAAGCGCGUCAAGUUCGCCCUCGUCAUCUGGAUCGGCGAGAACACCAAGAUCAUGCGCAAGGCCCGCGUCAGCAUCGAGAGCAGCGACGUCAAGAAGGUCCUGCCCCACCACAGCAUAACGGUCAACGCGAGCGACAAGGGCGACCUGGACGAGGACGACAUCGUGAAGCGGUUACGCAAGGCCGGCGGCGCUGACUACAACGGCGGACGCGGAUGA